UGCCGGCCGAGAGGCCGAGGGCCUCCUCGCUGAGCUAUUCUAGGGGCCAGGGAGGGUGGUGGGCGCGGCGCACGGGCGGCAGGAUGGGAACAGCAGGACUUUGUGCCUCUGUGGAACUCUCCUACUUUGAUUCAGCACAGAACUUCAGCUCCACAGAAAUCCCCCGCCUUCCUUCAGAACAGAACAACAGCUCCAGAGACAACCCCUGCAACAGGUCAACUUCUGAUGACUUCAGACGGCCAGCAGACCUGAUUGGCCAGGAAGUGAUUCUGGGUUUCUUCCUUCUGCUGUUUCUGGUCUGGUUCUUAAAUCGGGAGUUUGAAGUCAGUUACCGCCUCCAUUACCAUGGAGACGUGGACGCUGAUCUCCAUCGUAGGAAGAUCCAGAGCAUGAGGGACCAGGCUGACUGGCUGCCGCGCAAUAUUAUUCCGUAUCAUGUGGCCGAGCAGCUGAAAGUGUCACAGAGCUACUCCAAAAACCAGGACAGUGGCGGGGUGAUCUUUGCUAGCAUCGUCAACUUCAGCGAGUUCUACGAGGAGAAUUACGAAGGUGGCAAAGAGUGUUACCGGGUCCUGAACGAACUGAUUGGGGACUUUGAUGAGCUGCUGAGCAAGCCCAACUACAGCAGCGUUGAGAAGAUCAAGACCAUCGGAGCCACCUACAUGGCCGCCUCAGGGCUGAACGCCUCCCAGUGCCAAGAUAGCCACAAUCCCCAUAGCCACUUGCAGACCCUCUUUGAAUUUGCCAAAGAAAUGAUGCGGGUGGUGGACGACUUCAACAACAACAUGCUAUGGUUCAACUUCAAGCUGCGGAUUGGCUUCAACCACGGCCCCUUGACUGCAGGGGUCAUCGGCACGACCAAGCUCCUGUAUGACAUCUGGGGAGACACUGUGAACAUCGCCAGCAGGAUGGACACAACGGGGGUGGAGUGCCGCAUUCAGGUGAGCGAGCAGAGCUACCGCAUCCUUCACAAGAUGGGGUAUGACUUUGACUACAGGGCGACCGUCAACGUGAAGGGCAAAGGUCAGAUGAAGACCUCUCUGUAUCCCAAAUGCAUGGACAAUGGGAUCGUUCCCCACCACCAAUUGUCCAUAUCUCCAGAAAUCCGUGUUCAAGUGGACGGCAGCAUUGGGCGGUCUCCCACGGACGAGAUCACCUACCUGGUGCCUUCUGUACAGAACUCAGACAAGACCCCCCAGGCCUCAGACCAUCACUCGGAGCUCAAGGAUGGACUGCCGGGUUUCAGAAAACUCCCCAAAGAGCUGGUCAAAGUAGAGGACCAAUGUAGACUUGGUAAGGCUGGCGAGAAGCGUGACGGCGAGGAAGUGGGUCUCGAAGAGGCGAAUGAACUGACCAAGCUGAACACCUCCAGAAGUGUAUGAUGGCCUGGAGAAGCGCCAGGCAUGUUCUGUCCGCAAGAACACAGAGGUCCUCCCCGCUGACUCUGUUCUCCUGGGCAGGGAGCGGGCAGGGAGGAAAUGGACUGAGUGGUUGCCUGCCUUUAUUUUGGCAGCCGGGUAUCUGAGUGGAUGGCAGUCAUAGGUGGCACUCCCAUGCGCACGCGCACACACUCGCACUCCCAGCUCCCUUUGCACCAGUCUUUCAGCUGAGAGGAGGAGACAUCAAGAGCCUUCAGAUAGACUCUGCUGGACGCCCUGUCUAGGUAGAGAGGCACAAAGUCAAGCCACAGGGUGGGGAUUGGACUACAUUCAAAGGAUAAGCCGUGGUGUUCUCAUCAUUUUUAUUUCUUAUAAACACUACCUUCCGUUCUUGUUUUGGCUAUUGCAGCUCCUUGAAUAUAUCGUUAUUUAUAUAUAAUGUUAAGCUUUUUGUUUGUAGACCCAGAGAAAUGCACGUCUACUUACCUUCUGAGGCAGAUGGGAAGAGCCAGUGAGAGGAGGCGUCGUGAGGCCAGGGGAGGCAGGAGCAGUACAGGACUGCCUUGUGGUGGGCUGGCAGAGGGUGAGGGGAGCAGGCCGCUCAGCUUGUGUGCGCAAGGACAGUCCAGCUGCUGUGUGUGCCAUAUUUGGACUCAAGUGCCAUGGUGUGUUCUGGAGCACGUGGCAGUAGCAUUCACCCAAUGGGCCUGCACAGGCUGAAGUGGGUUCCGGAAGCAAAGGCAUAGGCAAUCUCAGCCUCAGGUGUUCUGCUCUUGACUCCUGCUGGGAAGGAUUUCUGAGCUUUGGGACGGAACUGGCUUCUCUACAUCUGGUCUGGCGUAAGAGACACAACAUAAUAAACCAUUUGGGAUUGCCUCUCCCUCUUUUUUUUUAAUUCCCCACUCCAGUCCUGUUUCUGUGGGGGUCUUCAGGCCUGUAAGGAUUCUGCCUGGUGCAGUUCAAAAGCCCAUUCAGCGAUUCUCUCUGCAUCCUUGGCCUUGCCUUUCCCUCUGCAGAGCUAAUGCCAAAGGUGACUGGGACUCCAAAGCCAUCAAGAGGGACUCGUACAUUGUUUGGGGUGUAGGCACUUUCGUUCUCGCCGUGACUGAGAAGGGCAAGCCCAGCCUUUGAUGAGAGUAUGGUGGCCUUUUCUCUCCUGGUUUCUUACUCACUGGCCUGUGUACACUUGGGUUGAUGCUCAGCUUAUUUGGCUUCCAUAUACCCAAACCGACUCUUGGCCCCCCUAAAGGUGAUGCAUCCAGGUUGAAAUCUGUCCUACUGACACAUGCCAAGAAUGCAGUGGUGGCUUGUCUGCACUUCUACAAGUUGAGAUGGCGUGAAAUGGGUUGCAGUGUGCAUUUUUUUGUUGAACCUACUUAGGUUGAUGUAAGAGGGCGAAGGUUUUUGUAUUCAACAGAACUCUUGUAGUGCAAUGUAAAUUCGUUCAGAAAAAGAUCCCCUUUCCUCUGAUCUUUAGGGCAAGUUGGGCAACCUCAACCAGUUGUAAGGUGGUCGCUUAUGUCCUUUUCUUGCUGGGCUCACCUUCUUCAAAACUGGAGCCACAAUUUGUGUCCCAUUUGAGUUUAGAUGUGAUGGUGCAUCACAGCUGCAAUCUGUUGACAGAAAGGGGUUUGGGUGUGAGCCCUCCUAGAGCCUCUUCUGGCCUUCUCCCUCUCUCACAUGCAACAUGUCUGUCCUAGCUGUACUGAACAGCUUGUUCAUAGAUCCAUAUUUUGGAGUUCUUAGUAGUACUUCAGGUGCAGUAGGGUUUAUCGGGUGGGGGGUAGUGGAUUUCCAACCCGGGCAUCAGGCAGUGAAGUCCAGGCUUAGGCUGCUAUCUUUCCUGCUUUUUCUUGAAGGAUGGCCUUAUAAGCUUCUCCGAAAAUAGUUACAAGGGCAACUGUUGGGUUUUAUUUGUUCCAAGUACUGUACAAGCCUUCACUGUGGCUGUAAUCCUACCACUUAUACUAUGAAGUAACUGCCAUGUACUCGGUGGAAUUGCUUCUGAAUAAAGACGUGGAGGAUCA